AUGCCGUUCUCUUAUGGAAGCAGUGACAAUAACGCAGGUGACUGUAACGAGGAUGAGGAAGAGGAGGAUGAGGACGACGAGGAGGAGGAAGAGGAGGGGGAUGGGGGGGAGGGGGGAGACGUGGAGGAAUACGGGUGGAUGUCUCCUGGUGGGCGGCAGCGUUUGGCAGAUAUGGCGGAACGGUACGGCAUAGAGGAAUACGGGCGGCACAUGGAUUUGGCAGUAUCUGCCUUGGAGAAAGAGAAGAGGCUGCGACAGAUGGCGGGCAAUGAUUCGCGCCCUUCACGCAAAGAGAGGAAGAAGCUUGCUCGCCAGGGGAAGGAAGGGGGAGGGCAGGGGAAGAAGCAGCAGGGGAAGGGGGAGGCUUGGAAGCAGCAGGGGUUGGUGGGGGUUGGGGGAAACACUGAGGGGCAGAGGGGGCACGAUGGCAGAGGGAGGGACAGGGAGAGAGAAAGAGGUUGGGAUAGGGAUAGUGAUAGGAGAAGGGAAGGGGACAGGUGGGACAGGGAUUUAGACAGAGGCAGGGAUAGGGAUAGGGGCAGGGAUAGAGAUAGAGAUAGGGAAAGGGAGCAGGAGAGGGGUAGGGAGAGGGAUAGGGACAGAGGGGAAGACGCAGGGGGGAGGGGGUCAAGAGGGUAUGGGGAGAAGGAGGGCGGGAUAGAGUUUAUCACCCAGUUUGGCGGGGGUGUGGGUGAGGCUGAGGGAUUUGGCAGGGAGAAGGAGAGGAGGGGAGGUGAGGAGGAGAGGAGGAUAGGGUACGGUGGAGAGCGGUUCGAGAGGGGUUUGAGUGGGGAUGUUUUGAUUGGCUCCCCAUCGACUGCCUCUUCCAAGCAGUCGCCAGCUCUCAGCCGCCGCUUGCUUGCGCCAUCCACGGUGCCUCGAGUGGCAGGGGCGGCAGGCAAGGGAGCCGAGGGAGGGGCGAAGGAGACCCCGCAGGAGAGGCUGAAGCGGCUGAUGGCCAAGCAGCUGAACAAACACAGUAGGCUGGGUGUGAAGGGGGGUGAAGUGGGUUGGAGGUGA